CGCAGAGCCGCAGACCGGCCGGUCGCCGAUAAACAUCUCCGGCGCCCUUUUCGCCUUUAUUUCGCGCCUACCUGGCAUCCCGGCAGGUUCACGUUGCUUCGUUGGGUUUGCGCUUUUUUGGUCAUGGAGUGCAGUGUCGUGCUUCCGCUCCAGGGCGCCGGAGUCGUCGGUACCCGUCCGCGCGGCGGCGGCCCCGUGCAGGCGUUCUGGAGGGCUGAUCGGCGGCGGCGGCGGCUCGCGAGUGCCGUGGCGCCGGCGAAGUGCAGCAAGAUGUAUGUCCCCGGCUUUGGAGAAGGUUCGCCGGAGAGGAAGGCGGCCACUAACCUCCAGCACUUCUUCAACUACGUCGCCGUCCGGGUUGUGCUCUCACAGCUUGAGAGUUACAAUCGGGAGGCAUAUUAUGAGCUGAAGGAGUUCGUCAGCCGCACCUCUCUGAAUGACGCUGAAAUUUUCUGCAAAAAGCUGAUACGCGAGUCUCCAAGGCUGAAGGGACUAGCUAUGAGGAUUCUGGAGGUCCGAUCUGCUUAUGUUAAGAGUGAUUUCGAGUGGGACAACCUGAAGAAGUUAUCAUUCAAGAUGGUUGAUGAUGCUAAUACGAAGCUCAUGAGGGACUAUGUCUUGGAGGUCAGCCACAUCGAAGACUAAAACUAUAACAUCAAAUGAUUUUUCUUGAGCCUUGCUAUGGUAUUCUGUAUAUAGGAGGCUUUGCAUGUAUAGUUGUAUAUAAGUGUGUGUAAGUUAUGGAGCACUUGCUCAUGAAACUUUUCUGUACAGACACUAGGCAUAGCGGAUCAGCGAGUGGCAUGUGCAUAUGGUUAACAUUACUCGAAUAAAAGUCUGCGCACAUGCACCAUGUUACAUU